AUGCGUUCCCACUCGGAUAAACUAAACCCUCUGGAGAUCCGCCACCUGCACUACAUUUCCCAAUUCACCACCGACAUCCGCCGCAUUGAUGGCACGAAGAAUGAGGUGGCUGACGCACUGUCCAGGCCCUCUAUCGUUCACCUUCAGCUAUCAUCUGGGAUCGACCUCAAUGAGAUGGCCGCUGAACAACGCCGUGUCGGUUCACCCUGUGAUGAGGAUGUUUCCGGACUCCAACCUCAGGAGGUACCACCGACAACUGGCAACGGUACCAUUUUAUGCGACGUAUCCCCAAUUCGCAUCGUUCAUUUGUGCCACCAUCCGUUCGCCGCAAAGUUUUCUCCUCCCUGCACAAUCUCUCUCACCCUGGGAGUCGAGCAACCGACAAGCUGGUUUCCGAACGCUUCGUCUGGUCUGGAAUGCACAAGGACCUGAAAGCAUGGGCACGGGCGUGUCUCGGCUGUCAACGGAAUAAGGUCCAACGGCACAACAAAGCUCCCAGUGGCACCUUCCCUACUCCCUUUCAUCAACCACCAACACUGUAUCCGCGAGCUAUACUCACUCUACUCCUGUGCCCCCUGUAUAUAUCACCCGUAGUGGACGGCAUGUUCAUUUUCCUGACCGUUUGGUUACUCAUGUGUUUUGGACAUCAACAGUUCCUUCAACGUCGCUACUCGCCACCUUCGGUCCAACAGGGGGAUACUGUGGCAGGUCGCGUCUCCUUACCAUCCGCCUUUGUCGCGCUGCUUUACUGUCCGCCUCACGCUCCUUGUCGAUACGCCGUUGGUAGGCGCGGGACUUGUCAAUAACCUCGUAAGUGCUCCAGACCAAUCAGCGCUGUCCCCCUCUGAUUGGCUGGCGGACGCGGAGACAACGGAGGGCGCAUAUAGGCGCUGGGACACAACACCUCGAAGACGGACUCAGACAACAACCUGCAUGGAGAAUGUGCUCGGGUAGACUGCCUACAGAGCCUUGUGUACGCGCUUUCCAAUCAGAAAAGGUUGUCCGACUCAAACCGUCUUCUCUGACUUUUGAUUGGGAAUCUUUAUCUUGUCGACCACACUACUUUCGACAGGGACCUCACGUUACUUGCUUGGGAACCAUUCAAUGCCCGAAUGGCCUACGUGCGACUGAUGGCCCACAUUAGUAAUAUCUCCAUUGUCUCUGAGUAGGCACUAAAUUCCGCCAUCGAACUGUGCGAUAAAGAGGAGUUUCAGUCUCAGUUGCAAUCGUUAGUUGAAAGACUCCUUCUCCGCGAUCUGCUGAUUGUUGCCGGGGAUUGGAAUGAUCGGACUGGACCUGAGGACUUCCCAAACAGUUACCUUCUUGGUCGCUUUGUGUCUGCAUCUCGAUGUGAGAAUGGCGUGAGGUUGCUGAAAUUCGCUGAUCAGAACCGACUUCUUGUCAAUCGCAUUUCACCAAUUGUAAUCAUGUUCUUGGCAGAUUGGAUGGCCAUGGGUCGGACCAUGUCCUCAUUCGAACACAACUGA